UAGAGAGUGUGACCUAGGUGAAGAUCCACCAAAGGAGAUGGGGAAAGGGAAAUUAGAUGAUGGGAGAAUCUGGAGAGAGCAAUCUUCCUGAGGGGCACACAGCUGCCAGUAACCGCAGGACAUUUGCGGAAUUGCUCAUUUGUUUGUUCUAUCUCUCGUUCAGUAGGGAGGGACGAUGAAAAAAAGCUUGUUAAUUAAAAAAACAAACAAACAACGGAAAAAGAGGAAAUAGUUACGAAGAGGUACCGCCGCCAUAGAUCAUAGAGUUGGCGGAAUAUAGGGCUAGAGGUGCCGGAAGUCGUUCCCCCUGCUGGGGCGGGGUCAGGGCGGGCUGAGGGUGGGAUUGGAUCCUCGGAGGUUUCUCCUGUGCCUCGGUCGCAGCCCUGCCUGCGGCAGGGCAUCCCGGCCAGGUGCUGGCGCCUCAGAGGACGCAGUAAAGCCCCCUGCCCCGUCCCCCCGCCGCUCGCGGGACCGGGCUCUAACGCAGUGGGGCCCGGAGGCAGUGCAUCCACCGUGACAUUGGCAGUGGUGCUCGGGUCCUGACCUCCGCCCUCCCGGGGUCCCCAGAGCCCAGAAGAAGCAGGAAAUGGCAGACGAGGCGCUUUUCUUGCUUCUUCACAACGAGAUGGUGACUGGCGUCUACAAGUCCGCGGAGCAGGGGGAGGUGGAAAAUGGAAGGUGUAUUACUAAGCUGGAGAACAUGGGUUUUAGAGUGGGACAAGGAUUGAUAGAAAGGUUUACAAAGGACACUGCAAGGUUCAAGGAUGAGUUAGAUAUCAUGAAGUUCAUUUGCAAAGAUUUUUGGACCACUGUUUUCAAGAAACAAAUUGAUAACCUAAGGACAAAUCAUCAGGGUAUCUAUGUGCUUCAAGACAACAAAUUUCGACUCCUGACUCAGAUGUCUUCAGGAAAACAGUAUUUAGAUCAUGCACCUAAGUAUUUAGCAUUUACAUGUGGCUUAAUCAGAGGUGGCUUAUCAAAUUUGGGAAUAAAAAGUAUUGUGACGGCUGAAGUGUCAGCAAUGCCAGCAUGUAAAUUUCAAGUGAUGAUACAGAAGAUGUAGCAUGUUCUCAAAUGCUUCUAUGAUGUAAAGAGAUUGUUAUUCAUGUAUAAAAAUUUUUGAGUAGUAACUUUUGACUUACUGGCAUUGUCAUAAGUUUCUACAUUACAUUGAUUCAUGUAAGCUAUGUGUUAAUUUAUUAGAUGAUGUAAUAUUCACUCUCAAAUAAAAUCACCAUAGAAUAGUUUAUAUAUUAUCUGAUAGAAUUGGGAGUGUUUCAAAGAAAACUUACUGAGACACUACACUGUACCUAUAUUACAGUAUGCCACAUGCAACUUUUAUUUCAUGAAAAAAUUAUUAAAUAAGCACACAACCAAGUAAAAAUAUUUUUGUGCUUCUGCUUUAUUGGUUUAUGAUAUUUAUUUGACAUUUAAAAAAGGGCAAAACUGAAGUCUUGGCUGAAUUAGCAAAGGGAAAAAAGUUAGAUUUUAAUUUUUUGUUUAAAUAUUUUCUCCCAAUUACAUAAACAAUCUUUAACAUUUUUUUUUAAAAUCUGAGUUCCAAAUCCUUCCUUCUCACCCUCUCUACCUCCCUAAGUCAUUAAGCAAUCUGAUACAGAUUUUACAUGUGUGAUCAUCUAAAAAAUUUUCCAACAUUAGUCAGUAAGUGGAUUUAAAAAAAAAAAGUUGGAGGUAUGUUAACAAUGAACUUAAAUGGUAGUGCAGCUUGGUGGCUGAGUGGAUUGAGAGUCAGGCCUAAAGACAGGAGGUCUUGGGUUCAAACUCAACCUCAGGUAUUUCCUAGGUGUGUGACUCAGGACAAGUCACUUAAUCUCCACUGUCUAGCCCUUGCUGCACUUCUGUUUUAUAACCAAUACACAGUAUUGAUUCUAAGACAGAUGAUAAGGGGUUUUUAAUUUAAGGGAAAAAAACCUUAAAUGAUUCUAUAAGCAACACUAGAAUAAAGUUUGUUCUUAGUAAAAACAAUUUUCAGAUUUGUAUGAAGAGACUUUGUAUUUGUCUGGUCAUGGCACUACAAAAACUAGGAUUGGAAGAGAAUUUCUGGGAUCAGCAAGGGUAGAAAUCAAGGGUGUUUGGGAACAAAUCAAAUUGAUGGGAUGGGUACCCAUGAGAUAAAUGGUUAAAGGGAUUAUAUUUCUAAAAAUACAUGAGACCAUCGAGGGUGACUCUUCACAUGCAAAGAUUAUUUGUCCAAGUCAAUUUCACUAUAUUCAGCUAAUGGAUAAUUAAGAACAUUCGUUCUUCAACCAUAUUAGUUGACAGGAAUAUUCAGUUCCAACAAUUUUAAACUAUUUGUUGCACAUAUUAAAUAAAAUGUCUGUUUUAUAUUGAGUAUUCCACAUAGUUUUACCAGUGGUAUUUAAUAAAUAUUGUUUGACUUAA